AUGGCUAACCCCGCCACGAUAGCCCCCACAACUGCGACGGCGGACUUUAUCGCGCUGGGCAACCUGGUGAACAUCGUCAAGACGUCGCCGGCAGUGCUCAAGCAGUACGUAAGCGACCCGAUGCUCAUUGAGAACCAGACAUUGGCCACGCAGAACAUCUCGUUCCUUGGCUACAUAUUCGAGACGACACCCACGAUUAACUGGCUCAAUGUAUCCGGCAUCACAACAAUUUUCCCUCUGCCGGUAAACGUCACGGGUGUGAGCACGCUAGAGCUGGGUACGGACUUUACGGGCACCAUUGCGCUCGAGGGGACGCUUACAGUGGAAGUAGCGAUGCCCUACCACAAAUGGUAUCAGAUCUGCUGGGUGGACCUACUACACCCGAUCAAGUGCCAGCCACAGAUCAUUACGGUGGACGUGGCACUCGCCGUGAGCAAGCCCCACAUUGUGACUAACAUCGAGGCCAACCUGUUCGAGUGUGCUCCAGGCAUCCUGACGUCUGUAUGCCAGAACUUGACAAUGGCCAGCAUCAUGACAGGAGCACUGAGUGGCGACCUCACGACCUUGACCAAGUCCAUCUACAAAAACUUCAGAGAUGCCAAGGUCAACACGCUCUCACUGGGCUGGGAUCGGAUCACCAACAUCGAUUUCGUCUUCCACAACUCGAGCCGGUUUAUCACGCAGAUCAUGAACAGCUUGCUCGACUUCUCCGCCAAAAAGCUCAACAAGAAAGGCGACUACUACCGUGUGUUCCUUGACGUCUCCCAGAAGCUAAUGCUUUCUUUGCUAAACAAGAUCAUCGACACGCAACUCGAGCCAGCGUUCGGUGCUACGUGCCUGUAAGCAUAUUUAGAUUGCCAGUAA